CUGCAGUCUUAGGCUUAACGUUCGCAAUAUUUCAUUGUCAUUUGUCACUUAAUGCCAGAACCUUGCUUAAGGGACGAACAAAAUCUCAAGUGGACACCUUUGCAUCUAUUGGUGGAAGAGGGCAGCAAGGCAGCAGCUGUAAGUCUCCAGGUGGGAGACGAGCUUGUUAAUAUCAAUGAGGUUCCCCUGAGUGGCUACAGACAGGAGGCUAUCUGCUUAGUGAAAGGCUCCCAUAAGACCCUCACUCUGGUGGUGAAAAGGCGAAACGAACCCAUAAGCAGGCCUCACUCCUGGCACUCCACCAAGUUCAACGGAAGCCAAUCAGAGACUGCCAAAACACAGUCUCCACCCACUCCAGUGUGGCAUACAAGAUAUGAUGCAAGUUCAUCAUCAACUGAUCUCUCCACUGGAUGGGAGCAGACAAAUCUGCGUAGAGUGUCCGACCAGUUCAGCUCUCUGGGCAGUAUGGACAGUCUAGAGCAUGUCUCACAUCCCUACCCUCCAGGCCAACUUUCUUCAGCAAAGUCCAACAAUAGUGCAGAGCAUCUUGGAGGAGGCAAGCGAGAUUCAGCCUAUAGCUCCUUUUCCACCAGCUCUGGCACACCAGACUAUACUCUGUCAAAGAGCAAUGCCGCCUCCACAGAGAAUAUGCUCUACAAAAUUAACCAGUGGGACUUAGGAGGCAAACAUAGCAAUGGCAGAAAUAGCCAGAACUUUAGUGAUGGAGCCAAACUGGACGAUAGGCAGGGUUACCUGCAGAUGGCAGGAGGGAGCACAGGCCGGGAUAGCCCAAGGUCUGAGGAGCAGGCUGGCUCUCGCCAUUCUAGUUCAAGUAGGGCCAGCUUCGGUCCGGUUUGGCAUGUUCCUGAAAAAAAGAAGACGGCUUCCCCCUCUCCUCCCCCACCUCCUCCACCAGUACGCAGUGACAGCUUCGCUGCAACCAAGGUACAUGAGAGGGGGCUUGCUAUAGCCUAUCCUGAGGGACCUGAUUCACAUGUCCAGUUUAAAUCUCAUGAAAAGGAAAUCGAGAAAAGGUCAGAGACCUCAGAUAUUGCUAAACGCACCUCUGAAAACCACCGUAGUCAUGUCCUAGCCUACAAAAAUGACAGUGACAAUACUUACAUUUUACCUGACAACUCUAAUCACAACCCAGUCAAUUCAAACAAACAGUACUCUGUGUCCAGUACUGAUGUUCGGCUAAGUCAUCACCCUCAUGCUAGCCAACCUUACCAUCAACGGCAAUAUAACGACAAAAGCACUUUUUACUCCCAGCCCAAGACAACAUCUACAACAAAGCCACAGAACAUAAGCGGCUACUACAGCAGUAUGCAAGAACUGUCCACUAACAGCUCUGCUCAUCCCUAUGGUCAGAACCAUGGUAAGACCCCCUCUUUGUCUAGCACAGCUAUUGACCAAAAUCCAGAUAGUGGUGGACUAAGCCGAUACUACUGUGUCACAACAUGCCAGGCUACCCAGCCCAAUCCCAGCCACCUGUCAGGAAAGGCAGAGGACAGGAAAAGUGCAGCUGACAUCGAGGUGGUUCAUACUGGAAAUGACAAGAAUUCUCUUUGUUCCCAGAUAGUCAACAAAGCAAAAUAUGAAUUGCCUCAACACCAGCAGCACAUCUCCCACAGUAAGGACAGUAAUGGAUACAGCAAGCAAGAUGAAAGUGUGCGUCAUAAACAGCCACCCACUGUGACUCCCCCUAGUGUACAGGAGACCUCUUCGACUAAACCCAGUACUGAUGAAAGGGGAAAUCAGAGAAGACCCAAUUUACAGAGUGCAGAGGCUCACUACCUGAGUUAUCCCCCAAGCAAACAGUCUGAACAGUGGAGGUCUCUGCCCUUGCAACAGAGAGAUUUACUGCAGGAUAUCAGACAUCAGGGUCAAGAAAGUAGCAAGAUCUGCCCCCAGACAAGCCCCAUGCUUCACUCUUUAUCGAUGGAGACCACUGACAAAGAUGAGAAACUGAUGGCCACAAACUGUGAAGAGUCCCUUGAAAGCAAGCAGGCAAGACGUACUGACCGUUUUGCCACCACAUUGAGGAAUGAAAUCCAAAUGAGACGAGCCAAGCUGCAGAAAAGUAAGAGUGCAGCCACGCUCCCUGGCUCUGAGACUGAGGCUGGCACCAAGACUGACCAGGAAGUCUGGAAGUCCAAAGAAUGCUCCCCCCCGACCUCUUCAGAUGGGUCUUUCACUAACACCUAUAAAGACAAUCUUAAGGAGGCCCAGGCUCGAGUGCUCAAGGCUACUUCUUUCAGGAGGAGAGACCUGGAGCCGGUCUUACUGGAGUACCCUGUGUCUGAGGCCUUACCCAGCUACCCAUCCUCAGUGGUAGCUCGUAAAGAUGUCACCUCUCUGCCAACUGUUUCUGAAUCACUAAUGAAUAAAUCGGGGUCUGUCAGUGGUCAGAUAAACCGCAUUGGAGCCCGAAAGCGUUUCCCCCCUGAAAAGAAGGUUAAGUCUUUCUCAGAACCAGACAAGAUCCAUGAGGUGGGAGUGAGAGAAGAUCUCCCUCCGACAGAAAACACAGGCUCUUCAGAAGACCAACAGAAGCUCUUUGAGGCAACCGAUAAACCCUUGUAUCCAAAACAUAUGCCUAUACAAACUCUUCAAAACUUUUCAGAGGACUCCAGAAAUAUCAAGCCGAGAGUCCAGGCCUCUGCCAGUGAAACAGAAAACAAGCUAAAAGGGAUCAGGACCAUAGUCGGUCCCUCUACAGAGUAUAAUGAGGAGAAUCAGGGAGUACCUUACUCGGCACACAAGCAAUCAUCCCUGGAGCAGCAAAGACUAGGUACCUUUGCUGAGUAUGAGGCAAGUUGGAAUGUACAGAAGAAGCCCACUGAAACAAGGGCUUCUGGACGAUACCGAUCAGCAGAUAACAUCCUGGACCCAGGAGCAGAGGAGAGAACAAAACCCACCUGCUUCCAUGAGAGAUCUCGAUCCUCUCCCUCAGCUGAUUUCUAUGGGCAGAAGAUUACAGUCCCUGGAAGAAAGUCUGCAGAAUAUUCCCAGGUUGAAUGUAACCCUGCUGAACAGCACAACAUGGCCACAAGGCUUUCUGAUAGAGGGCCAGGAGAGUGCAGAGUGAGAGAAAAGCCUGUGGAACCUGAGCAUUACCUGGCACCACCCCUACUGCCUGUUACAGGUCCUAACCCUGAGUGCAGACACAGAGCUGUCCCUGCCCCAGUGUACCACAGACCCACAUCCAGCUCCCAUAGCCCCACAGAUUCUACCCUCCUUCACCCCGAGGAACAUUGCCACAUUGAGCCCAGAUCUGAUCCAAGGAGGAAGCCUCCCGAGCUCGAAAAACCUUCCCCGCCCAAACUGGACAAUUCCAGACGUCCAGAGAUAACCCCCACGCCUGACAACUCCCACGAAUCCUUUACUCGGUCCCAAAGUGAAGUCUCCACCCACUAUUCUCCUAACAGAGACCUUGACCCCGCCCCUGUUCCCGCCUACUCUCCAAAGAAAAAUUCUGAGCCGAGCAAAGGACCUGUGGACAGAGGACAAGGGGCAGUACGUCAAGCAGUAACAUCCAGUUCUGAGCCAGCCUCCCCUUCCUUGGCUUCAUCAUACAGACCUCCAGUACCUGUUACCAUGGAAGAGCAGCGCCCACCCUCACCACAGUUUUCUCCACAGAAACUUAGUGACAAGCCGCCUGUCUCUCUACAAGAUGAAGAUUCCAACAGAAUGGAGAAUGUACUGGAAAACAAUAAUAUAGCUGUGAAGAAAGUGCCCAUCAAGAUUGUCCACUCCGAGAGCAUCUCAGAGAAAGAGAACCGUCAGUAUUUGCUGCACAAUGACAUAACUGCUGCCGAGGCACAGGGGCCUGGGAUGGCCCAGCUCAGUAGCCUGGGAGCUCCAGAGCAUGACUACUCUGUGUUCUGUGCCUACACAAGGCAGACAGAGCCGGGCUCCAACAGAAUGCCAGCUUCUCAGACAGACCUGAAGCUCCAGAGAAAUACAGACACAAGCACCCUCGGAGACCACUUCAACUCCAGUGUUCAUCAGCCAUCCCAGCCCCCAGAACAGGUUGGGAAUGGCAACAGAGUGGCUCCAAACACGGGGUUCUCUGAGGAGGACCAAAAGAGAGAGGAGUUGGCCAGGGAUAUCAUGGGGAAGGACAGGUCACUAGCUGACAUCCUGGACCAGAGAAGAAUGAAGACCACCAUGGACUUGAUGGAAGGCAUCUUCCCCCAGGGGGAGCAGCUGUUGGAGGGAGCUCAGCAGCGCAGGAAGGUGGCUCCUAAACAGACCGUCCCUCGGCCCACUGAGGAAAGGAAGGAGGAUGCCAGUCUUGCAGCUGCUGUUGCAGUGGUGACCAGUUCAACAUAUUACAGCACUUCAGCUCCAAAGGCUGAGCUUUUGAUCAAGAUGAAGGACAUGCAGGAGCAGGAAGAGGAAGACUCAGAGGAUGAACUGGACAUUGAUCUGGCCAACAAAAAGCAAGAGCUGAUUGACAGCCUUAGCAAGAAGCUUCAGGUGCUGCGAGAGGCUAGGGAGAGUCUCCAGGAGGACAUCCUGGACAACAAUGCUCUAGGGGAGGAGGUGGAGGCCACCGUACAGCAGGUCUGCAAACCUAAUGAGCUAGACAAGUUCAGGAUGUUCGCCGGGGACCUGGACAAGGUGGUAAGCCUGCUGCUGUCCCUAUCUGGCCGUUUGGCAAGAGUGGAGAAUGCCCUCAACAGCCUGGACGAGGAUGCCACUUCAGAGGAGAGGCGCACACUAACUGAAAAGAGGAAGCUGUUGAUCCGACAGCAUGAAGAUGCAAAGGAACUAAAGGAAAACCUGGACCGUAGGGAACGUGUGGUCUACGACAUUCUGGCCACCUACCUGAGGGAAGAGAACCUUACAGACUACGAGCACUUUGUCAAGAUGAAGUCUGCACUCAUCAUCGAGCAGCGCAAACUUGAGGAUAAGAUCAAACUGGGCGAAGAGCAGCUUAAGUGCUUGACAGACAGCCUUCCACUGGAGCAGAGAAUGCCCUUUUGAAGACACUUGAGUUCUCGGCACAAAUGACAAAUGUCAUUUGUUAAAUUCCUCAGUCUGAAACAAGCUUGACCAACCACUGUUGCGUUAUCAGAUUGCAGUUGAGUCCUAUGUCCAACAGAGGGCAACAGAGAUACACAGCACCAAGGAUGAAGGAUCAUCAUUUUGCGAGGAUGAGCAUUUUCUCAUGUUGUCUCCAUUGUAUUUCACACCGACCUGGUCAUGAAGGAGCCUCAGCAGAACACAUUGUACUUGUUUCUCAUCUGCUUAGAACUGGGCUGUCAUGAGAUCAUCGGAAUCAAAAGCCUCCCAAAAUGACCUUUUGAACAUUGCUGUUUGCUUUUUCAACCACUGUAUAUAAUAUGUUCAAGAAUAAUUUCAAGCUGUUGUUUUAUUUUAUUAUUUUUUUUAGUAAUUUAUUGUAGCCUUUUGAAUCUGUACAGAGGGGAACAGUAUUUUAUCUUCAGCUAUUUUAACAGCCAUGUUAAGUAAAGCUUGUAUACAGCCAUCAAUGAACAUUUAUCGAGGCUAUUCUCCACAUAACAAAAUGAUUCUAUUGAUUUGACAUUCCGAAAACUCAACCCCACAAUCUGAAAAUGCAAUUUAAUCCAAAUUCUUAACCCCCCCUCCCUUUUUUUUCUCCCCAAUUGUACUUGCCCAAUUACCCCACUCUUCCGAGCCAUCCUGGUCACUGCUCCACCCCCUCUGCCGAUCCGGGGAGGGCUGCAGACUAUCACAUGCCUCCUCCGAUAUAUGUGGAGUCGCCAGCUGCUUCUUUUCACCUGAAAGUGAGGAGUUUCGCCAGGGGGACGUAGCACGUGGGAAGAUCACGCUAUUCCCCCAAGUUCCCCCUCCCUGCUGAACAGGUGCCCCGACCGACCAGAGGAAGCGCUAGUGCAGCGACCAGGACACAUACCUACAUCCGGCUUCCCACCCGCAGACACAGCCAAUUGUGUCUGUAGGGACGCCCAACCAAGCCGGAGGUAACACGGGGAUUCGAACUGGCGAUCCUCAUGUUAGUAGGCAACGGAAUAGACUGCUACACUACCCAGACGCCCCAAAAUCUUUACCUUUUGCUAAGAUUUUUGCUCAAUCAUCCCUUUUCUUCCCCUGGAAUAAGUGGCUUUUUUUUCUCUACACCAUUACAUUUCAUAAGUAUCAAACAAUAUUCCUGCAGAAUACUUGUAACAGUUCCUGUGAAGAGGAAGCGAUUUGAUACAUCUCAAACUGGGGCACUUGCUCGAGUUUGUUCUCUUGACAGAAUUGGCACUUCAAAUCCCAGGUUUCUCGAGUACAGUCCACAUCUGAUGUGCCUGGAGGUCGCCGCCACCUAUGCCCUUGCAAACACAUGCAUGCCAUGCAGUCUUUCAUCCACCCCUGCGCAUGCAUGAAAAAGUGCUGUCCAUUCUUAUCACAGGUAACAUUACCCCCUUGAAAAUGUUUUUUGGUACUCAUAAUACAGGUUACACAUAAAUUGAUCGAGUGUUGUUUAUUGUAUAGAUCUCGUUACCUCUAUGUUUUUCAUAUCAUUACUCAUGGUGCUUAUAAUGUACGCUCAAGGUUGCUACGAUUCAGCUGCCCUUCGACAGGGUGCUAAAAAGGACCUGCUUGUUAAAUUAUAGAGUAAGCUGUUUAUACACAGUAUUUCGUAAGAUAAGCCUGAUCAUUGACCUAUAGUUUAUAUUCAACACUAAAAAUCUCUAACAUUCCAGGUUGAUAAUAUUGCAACCAAAAUUAAACACAUAUAUUUCUCUUUUGAUCAUUUUUUUUUACCAACUUCAGUCUAUCAGAUGUGUAAAUUUCAAACAAUAAGGAUUCAGUUUCUCGAAGGUAAAAAGCCAACUGAAGGAUAUUUGUUUUGAGCAUUCUGGCACAAGUAUGUUUCAUUUUUCACUGACUUAAUACACUGCAACAGCUUGACUCUUAACACUUUAUCAGCUGCGCUGCUUUAUAUUAAAUAAAGGGUCUGCUGA